AAAAGCUAACUCAGAUGAAGAUAGAGGCUGAUCUAGCAAUGAAGCAGAUGGAAUUGAAGAGGAUGGAGCUGGAUAGUGAGGAGAAAAAGAGGCAGCAUGAGUUACAAAUGAAGCGUAGGAGUUCGGAAUCUGAUUCUGAUGAUGGUUUUUCAGCCAGCAGGGAGGUUCGAUUAGUCCCUCCGUUUGAAGAAGAUCAGGUUGAUCAGUAUUUCCAACAUUUUGAAAAGGUUGCUGUGAGUUCAAACUGGCCAAGGAAAGGAUGGGCUCUUAUGGUACAGAGUGUGAUUAAAGGUAAAGCUCAAAAAGCUUAUUCUGCUUUGUCUGUUGAGGAUGCAGCUGAUUAUACCAAGGUAAAACAAGCUAUAUUGAAGGCCUAUGAAUUGGUCCCUGAGGCUUAUAGACAAAAAUUCAGAGACUUGAGGAAAUCUGCAGAUCAGACUUAUAUGGAAUUUGCCAAUGGAAAGAGAAUAUGUUUUGAACGAUGGUGCCUGGCUAAAAAUGUAGAUGGGGAUUAUGAUAAAUUGACAGAAUUGAUACUGGUGGAAGACUUUAAAAGAUGUGUUCCAGCUGAAUUAACAACAUAUUUAAAUGAAAAGGCAGUGGAAACUUUACAAGAAACUGCUAGGUUGGCAGAUGAUUAUGCUUUAACCCAUAAAUCCAAAUGGGGACAACCUAAAACCUUUCAAAAGAGUUACAAAGACAAUCCAGGUAAACCGGAGAUUAAAUUGGGAGGUAAUCAAAAAGGAAAGGAUGAAAAGAAGCCAGGGCUGGAGAAACCUGUUGAGCGUACUUGUUAUUACUGUAGGAAACCUGGCCAUGUGAUAUCUAAUUGUGCCCUUUUGAAGAAAAGGAAGGAAGCUGUGCCCAAUGCUUGCUUUCAGGCAAUUAAAAAUCAAAAAGGUUUAGGAGAUGCUGUUAAAGAUCAGUCCUUGCAAGAGGGAAAAGCGGAAAAGUUGGAGGAGGUGAGACAGGAAUUCCGUUCGUAUGUAUCAGAGGGUUUUGUUUGACUGAAUGAUGAGUCACCCCAGGUGCCAGUGAAAAUUCUUAGAGAUACUGGGGUGAGAUACUUGGUGAAGAAAGUGACACUGGUGAGGUAAAUCUAGUACGAGGCGUUACAGGUGAGACCAUGUCUGUCCCUUUACACAAGGUGAUUUUAAAGUCAAAAUUUGUAGAAGGAUCAGUCGAGAUAGGGAUAAGACCUAGUUUGCCAUUGGAAGGAGUUUCUUUGUUAUUGGGAAAUGACCUUGCAGAUGGAGAAAUUGUUCCUGUGGUACGGUUAACGACCAAACCAAGGAUUGAUGAGUCUGAGAAUGAUCCAGAUGUUUACCCAUCAUGUGCGGUGACUCGAGCUAGAGCUAGAGAAUUAGCCAAGACAGACAGUCCGGUGCAGCCUGAUGUGGUUCUCUGUGACAGUCCUAAACAGGAAGAAAAUUAUGAUGCCUUGUCUGAGACUUUUCUGUCUUCACUGGAGGAUCAAAAUCCUUAUAGUGAGCCUGAAUUUAAAGAUUUGUCUUUGUCGACGAAGGAGUUUAUGGUGGAACAGACAAAGGACCCUGAGUUGACAGAAUUGAAAGAAAAAGCUCUCUCAUGUGAGGAGAUUAAAAAAGUGUCAAUUGGAUACUAUGUCAAAAAUGGAGUGUUAAUGAGGAAAUGGAGACCUCCCCAUGUUCCUGUUACUGAGGAAUGGGAAGUUAUUCAUCAGGUUGUUGUUCCACAAGUUUAUAGGGAUGAGAUUUUAAACCUGGCCCACAGUAUGCCUUUGGGUGGUCAUUUUGGUGUGAAUAAAACUGUUGGGAAGAUCUUGAAACAAUUCUAUUGGCCUGGUUUGAGAAAAGAUGUGGUGAUGUUUUGUCAAACCUGCCACACAUGUCAGAUGGUAGGUAAACCAAAUCAAAAACCCCCUGUGGCUCCGUUGAAGCCAAUUCCUGCUUUUGGUGAACCCUUUUCGAAGGUGAUUGUGGACUGUGUUGGCCCAUUACCAAAGUCUAAGACUGGAAAUCAGUAUUUGUUAACCAUCAUGUGUGCCACUUCUAGAUUUCCAGAGGCAAUACCCCUUAGAAAUAUUAAGGCCAAGACGGUGUCAAAGGCUCUUGUAAAAUUUUUUACCUUGUUUGGUUUGCCAAACGAAAUCCAAUCUGAUCAAGGUAGUAAUUUUAUGUCAAAAAUUUUUCAACAAAUAGUCUAUGAGCUGGGAGCAAAGCAGAUUGUAUCAUCUGCAUAUCACCCAGAAUCUCAAGGAGCUCUGGAGAGAUUUCAUUCUACUCUCAAAAAUAUGCUGAAGACUUAUUGCUUUGUAAACAUAAAGGAUUGGGACGAAGGCAUUUAUUUACUUUUGUUUGCCAUUAGAGAAUCAAUCCAGGAGUCAUUAGGAUUUAGUCUGUUUGAGCUUGUAUUUGGACAUAGGGUGAGAGGACCUUUGGAGUUGUUGAGAGAGCAAUGGGUUAAUGAGGAAGUUCACUUGAGUCUGUUGGACUAUGUCCAAAAAUUUAAAACUCGGUUG